CGAUUUAUCAGUCGGUAUAGAAGGUUAGUAAAACGAGUAGAUGCUAACCUAAAUGCUAGUAUAAAAGGUAUAAAACGUAAGCAAAGGAAAUCAUUCUUUACAUUCCACAAGAGAACUGUGAAACGUAUGCGUUGCAAGCAUGGCUCAGUUCGUAAGAAAUGUUGCUCAUUUAUUGUUCACGGAGAAAUGUAUGGAAGAAUAUUUUGACGAGUUGAAUUUCUUUCAUGUUGGAUGUUUCAAAGCAACGCUGAGUAAAGGUUUGGGCCUCGGGAUCAUCGGCGGGUCUCUCCUCGUUAAAGUACCUCAGAUUGUAAAAAUCUUUAAAAGCAAAAGUGCAGAAGGCAUCAAUGUUUUCAGCGUCUUAUUGGAUUUGUUUGCCAUUACUGCAAUGGUAUCUUAUAGCUUCAUUAGCGGUUUUCCAUUUAGUUCAUGGGGAGAUGGAGUAUUCCUGGGAUUACAAACCCUAGCAAUUGCAGUGUUAGUAAUGCAUUUCAGUGGUAACACUGUUCAGGCAACUGCAUUUCUUGCUGCUUAUUUAGCAGUUCUAUUCGCUGCUACAAGUGGGGUGACCCCAGUAAAUGUUCUCUGGGCUUGUCAAGCAAUGAAUAUACCCAUUGUACUUAUCAGUAAGUUGAUGCAAGCUUACACAAAUUAUUCCAAUGGAAGUACCGGUCAGUUGUCAGCAGUAACUGGGUUCAUGCUCUUCUUUGGAUCUCUGGCAAGAAUAUUUACUUCUAUUCAAGAAACAGGAGACACAACAAUGGUGAUAAUGUACAUAUGCUCUACUGCUGCAAAUGCUGUGAUAGCUGCUCAAAUAUUGUACUACUGGAACGUGGAUGUGAAGAGCAACGAAAAAGCAAAGAAGAUUCGAUAAAUAAAUUAGUAAAUAUUUGCUA